GUGGGUGCAGCAAUCAUGGGCAAGGCCGUGCAGGAGGUCCAGCUGGAGUCCCAGAGUUGGUAUGCCAAGGCCUCCGCUGUGGUGGAGGAAUGCCUCUACGCCAUGCGCACGGUGGUCGCCUUCGGAGGGGAGCGCAAGGAGUUGAAGAAGUUCGGCGAUGCCUUGGUGCAGACUCGGAAGGGCGGCGUGAGGAACGGCUUCAAAGUCGGCGCAGGCAUGGGCUACACCAUGAUGAUCAUCUUUUUUGGCUACGGGCUCGCCUUUUACUUCGGGAUGACUUUGAAGUACAACAACCAAAUCAACCCUGCCACCGGUCAGGAGUGGAGGCCAGGGAAUAUCAUGGCCAUCUUCUUCUGCAUCUUCAUCGGCAGCUUCAUGAUCGGCAACCUGGACCCCAGCAUCAAGGCCAUGAUGUCUGCACGCCUGGCCGCCGGCCGCUUCUUCAAGGUGAAAGACAACAAGCCGGAGGUGCAGUGCAUUGGCAACGAUCAGCGGCAAGACCUGGUGAGCAUCACCAAGCUCGAGCUGCAGGACGUGGUCUUCUACUACCCGGCCCGGCCGGAAGUCAAGAUCUUGAACGGCCUGUCGAUGUCAAUCACCCGCGGUCAGAAGGUAGCCGUGGUUGGCGAGAGCGGUAGCGGCAAGUCUACCGUCAUGGCAUUGCUGGAGCGUUUCUACGAUCCCAACACUGGCACUGUGCUGGUCAACGGCCAGGACAUGAAGACUUUCAAGGUCAGCGCCCUCCGGCGCUGCAUUGGCUACGUGGGCCAGGAGCCUGUGCUCUUUGCGAGCUCCAUCAAGCACAACAUCAUGCAGGGCUGCCCUGAUGCCUCGAAGGAGGACUUUGUCCAGGCCUGUGCCGAUGCUCAGCUGGGCUUUGUGGACAACCUCCCGGAGAAGUACAACACCUUCGUGGGCGCUGGAGGUGGCCAGCUCUCCGGUGGCCAGAAGCAGCGCAUUGCCAUCGCCCGGGCCUUGCUGAAGAAGGCCUCCUUCCUGUUCCUGGAUGAGGCGACCAGCGCACUUGACAACACCUCCGAGAAGAUGAUUCAGCAGACCAUCGACAGCAUCAGCUCAAAGACGGACAACGGCAUGGGCAUUGUGAGCAUUGCGCACCGCCUCAGUACGGUUCGUAACGCUGAUCUCAUCUACGUGCUGAACCGCGGCAGCCUCGUGGAGCAAGGGAACCACGCUACGCUGAUGGAGAAGAAGGGCGCCUACUACGCCCUCGUGGCCACGCAGGA